CAUACCAAACCUGUUUUCGUUUUCGAGGUGUUCUACGAUGGAGCAGACCCCCUAUGUUGAUUGGUACUCUACAGCCUUCGUCAACGAAACAGAAUUGUCAAUGACAAUUCUGCGUGGCUACGCGCAAUUCUCGAUCAAAGUCCAGGUCGCUCGAGUCGAGGGCACACGUUUUGGUAAAGAGCUCGUACAACAUAUAAAGCUAUGUCAAGGGCACAGGUUUGGGAAUUUCGAGUCCCGUGAUAAGAUCUCCGAUCUGGUUUACCAGCAAUGCCUACCCCUUGUUGAAAGGCUAUCACCGCAGACGUUACUUCGGGAUCUCAGCCUCGAACGCUUUCUCCACGCGCCCACGUACCACUUGGAAAUUAUCGACGCUGGCAUCAACGGAGACUUACGCAUUGAAGGGGAGGAGGAGUGUUCGCAUACGCCGGCUUUCUCCAUGUCCCCAAUGCCAACUGCCGAAUUACCUGAAUCCUGCAAAGUAGUUCCUCACUUUCGGGCCUGCGACAUCCAGAUAGCCCCUAUUAGGGAUCACACAAAAUCACUCGACUGGGUACAAGGAAGAGUUAUGGUAGAGGGGAACUUCAUGUAUUUCAAACCACGGUUCGAUAUGCGUGAACCAGACUUUGAGCGUGAGUUCUGGAUCCUGUCACGUAUCAACGAAGCUGGUCUAGGAGACCAAGUCAGAGUCCCCAAACUACUGGGUAUCGUGGUAUCAGGCAAGAACGGAGAAAUUACUAUGGGUUUUCUGAUAACUAUGAUCACCUCACCUGAGAUGGGGUCCCACUUGCGAAGCCCGGGCUUUUGGGACAAGCCUGAAUUGCAUAAGAGGUGGGAAGAACAGGUCACUGCCACAGUAAAGAAGCUGCAUGCCAGUGGCAUCGUGUGGGGAGAUGUUCAUCCUAUGAACAUCGUUAUCGAUGAGGAAUUCAAUGCAUGGGCUAUUGAUUUUGGAGGUAUGAAUAAUGUACAAUUCGUGGAUGAUAAGAAUCGUGAGACUGUCGAGGGUGACAAGCAGGGUGUAACCAAGAUCUUCCAAGAGUGGUUACCGAGUCGUCUGAGGCAAGAGGCAGAAGUUUGGUAAAUUGAUCAUGAACGCUCGGGUCUCGGUCGAGUUGAAGUCGUUCGAUAUACGGGGGUUCAAAGUGACGCAUUGCGCGGGAAGAAGUAGCCCAGUUACACAUAGCAACCAAAGACUCAGCGAACACUAGAAUAGGGGGAUCUGAGGGAAGUUUACUAAAAUUACAAAGGUCGGGAAGGCCAUCAUGAAGCGAAAUGUCAAUGUGCGCAAAGUCUAAACUUGAAGAUCAAUGUUUACAGCAAUCUCCUUGGUCAAAGUCGAAGAGAU